AUGGCGGCGAGUCAGGGUGGCGGUGGGAACAGUGGGGGCGGCGGGGGCGGCGGCGGGGGCGGCAGCGGCGGGGGCGGCCCGGCUGCGGGGGGGAGCGGCGGCGGCGGCGGCGGCGGCGGCGGGGGGCCCCUGAUGGUGCCCAUCCCGGUGCCCAGCCUCUUCGGCCAGCCGUUCCCCAGCGGGCCGCAGUGGCACCCCGCGACCCUGCCGCCCCAGCCCCCAGCGAGGAGCCUCGAUCGGGCCUUGGAGGAGGCGGGCAGCUCGGGCAUCCUGAGCCUCAGCGGGAGGAAACUCCGCGACUUCCCGGGCAGCGGCUACGACCUGACGGACACCACCCAAGCAGAUCUUUCAAGAAAUAGGUUUACAGAAAUUCCUUCUGAUGUCUGGUUAUUUGCACCUCUGGAAACAUUGAAUUUGUAUCAUAACUGUAUCAAAACCAUUCCUGAGGCCAUUAAAAAUCUGCAGAUGCUAACAUACCUUAACAUUAGCCGAAAUCUUUUAUCAACAUUGCCAAAAUACUUAUUUGAUCUUCCCCUUAAAGUUUUGGUGAUCAGUAAUAACAAACUGGUAUCCAUUCCAGAAGAAAUUGGGAAGCUGAAAGAUUUAAUGGAACUGGAUAUCAGCUGCAAUGAGAUUCAGGUCCUUCCCCACCAAAUGGGAAAAUUGCAUUCACUUAGAGAACUAAAUAUAAGAAGAAAUAAUCUUCAUGUGUUGCCAGAAGAAUUAGGAGAUCUUCCCUUAGUCAAGUUGGAUUUCUCUUGUAAUAAGGUGACCGAAAUUCCAGUUUGUUACAGGAAGCUGCAUCAUUUACAAGUAAUAAUUUUGGAUAACAAUCCAUUGCAAGUACCACCAGCACAGAUUUGUUUAAAGGGCAAAGUGCACAUAUUUAAAUACUUAAAUAUACAAGCAUGUUGCAGAAUGGAUAAGAAACCAGAUUCUUUGGAUCUUCCAUCAUUAAGUAAACGAGUGCCCUCCCAGCCUCUCACAGACAGUAUGGAAGAUUUUUACCCAAAUAAAAAUCAUGGCCCUGAUUCUGGCAUUGGAAGUGAUAAUGGAGAGAAACGAUUAUCUACCACAGAACCUUCAGACGAUGACACAAUCAGUCUUCAUUCUCAAGUCUCAGAAUCAAAUAGAGAGCAGACAUUGAGGAAUGACAGUUACACGGGAAUGACAGGAAGUAAACCUGAUUUUCAUAAAGACCAGGAGGUGCAUGAUUUUAUUGACCACACUACAGAAGAUGUAGCAGUUCCUGAGCAAGAAGACUCACAACUUGGAACAUUUGUCUCUUUUUUUAAGGGAAAAGAAAAAGUUCCUGAAAAAUUUCCAAUAAAUGAAGAACUGCCAGGUGAAAAAAGACUUGCAAAAGAACAGUCUCUUGCAGAUGAAGAGGAUGAAGACUUGAAGGAAGUGACUGAUUUGAGGAAAAUAGCUGCACAGUUAUUACAGCAGGAGCAAAAGAACAGUGUCUCUACAGAUGAAGUUAAUUCUCCAUUAUCACCCCUCACAUGGCAGCCCUUAGAAAAUCAGAAGGAUCCCAAUGAUGAACAACGGUGGCCAGAAUCUCAACCUAUAAUCUGGCUGAGUGAAGAAAGGAGGAGGAGCAAACAGAUUAGAAAAGAAUAUUUCAAGUAUAAAUCAUCAAGGAAGAGUUCAAGUGGAAAUGAAUAUGAUGAGCAAGGCAGACAUAUUGCUAACAUGUCACCACAAUCUCCAGUAUCAUCUGAGGAGUAUGAUAGAACUGAUGUUUUUUCACAUGGUCCUUUUGGCUUGAAGCCUCGAUCAGCUUUUAGUCGUUCGUCUCGCCAGGAAUAUGGGGCAGCAGAUCCUGGAUUUACAAUGAGACGAAAGAUGGAACAUUUGCGUGAAGAACGAGAGCAAAUACGACAACUUCGUAAUAAUCUGGAAACCAGGUUAAAAGUAAUUUUACCUGAUGACAUUGGAGCUGCACUAAUGGAUGGGGUUGUUCUUUGUCAUUUAGCCAAUCAUAUAAGGCCACGUUCUGUAGCUAGUAUUCAUGUACCAUCACCAGCAGUGCCUAAAUUGAGCAUGGCAAAAUGUCGAAGAAAUGUGGAAAAUUUUCUUGAUGCUUGUAAAAAGUUGGGUGUGUCACAGGAAAGACUCUGUUUGCCUCAUCAUAUUUUGGAAGAAAGAGGUCUUGUGAAAGUUGGCGUCACGGUCCAGGCUCUUCUUGAAUUACCUACAAACAAGGCUUCUCAGCUUUCUACAGCUUGAUACACUAUUUAAACAACAUAAGUGUAUAGUUGAAUUUAUUUGAAGUGAUUUAAAAUGUCACUCAAUCAUAAAA